UGCAUAAUUUGAAAUCACUGUUAUUAUACUGACAUGUCGUUAACUAUUGAAAAACAAAUUGAAUUACUAUUAGAUGGACAUCCUUUAGAAAUUGAUGACACGCAUGAAACUAACCAUGCCGUACAAAAUGAAAUAGGAGGAAAAGGAACACCUAGUUCUUAUAUACCAAUUUGUCAAAAAACUGUAACAUACAUUGUUGCUGCUGUAGUAAUAAAUAAUCAAGGGGAGGUAUUAAUGAUGCAAGAAGCAAAAGCAACUUGCAAUGGAAAAUGGUAUUUACCUGCUGGUCGAGUUGAACCUAAUGAAAAUUUAUUAGAUGCUAUUAAAAGAGAAGUUUUGGAGGAAACAGGACUUAUAUUAAAGCCAGAAACAUUAAUAUUAGUAGAAUGUGCAACUGAUUCAUGGUUCCGAUUUGUAUUUACUGGAAAAAUUACUGGUGGCAAAUUAAAAACAUUAGAAGAAGCAAAUGAAGAAUCAUUGCAAGCUUGUUGGAUGAAUAAUAUAAAUGAUCUGUCGCUCAGAUCAAAUGAUAUUAUUCCUUUGAUAGAAAGAGGUAAAACUUAUGUCAUGAAUAAAGAUGUUUCACAACAUCCACAUUUAAUGCCAAUUAGUACACCAUUGAGCAAAUUGUUGUUGCGGCUUUCAAUUACUUCAAAAAAAAGAGCAACGAAUAAAUUACAUAUUCUUGUAUCAGAUACCAUGCCAUUUCAUUUACCAAUUUGUGAAAUCAAUCCAAAUCGCAACCUUCUUUCUACUCUACAUAAUUUUAUGAAGGAAUUAUUUGGAAAUGGAGUUGCACAGCAUAAACCACAUGGUAUACUUUCUGUAGAAUUCAGUGGAGGUCAAGGAGGAGAUGGACUUUGUUUAACAUUAUUGGUAUCAUUUAAGUUACCUGUAGAAGAUGUACCUGCUACUGGAAAAUUCAUUUGGCAUGAAUUGUCCGAAAAUCUGGCCACAAGUAUUACGUAUCGUUUACCACGAAAUAUGACUGUGCCUUUAAACGUUAUACGAUGAUCAAAUAUGCAUAGUUUAACUGCAUGCU